AUGGCGCGGGUCUACGCCGACGUCAACCAGAGCAUGCCUCGUAGUUAUUGGGACUAUGAUAGCGUCAAUAUAAGCUGGGGCGUUCUCGAAAAUUACGAGGUUGUUCGCAAGAUUGGCCGCGGAAAAUACUCUGAAGUCUUUGAAGGCAUCAACGUCGUCAACUACCAAAAAUGCGUCAUCAAAGUCCUCAAGCCGGUCAAGAAGAAGAAGAUCAAGCGCGAGAUCAAGAUUCUGCAGAACCUCGCCGGCGGUCCCAAUGUUGUUGCGCUCCUCGAUGUCGUCCGCGACCCUCAAAGCAAGACUCCCUCUCUCGUCUUCGAGUACGUCGACAAUACCGACUUUCGCAACCUCUACCCCAAGUUCAUCGACCUCGAUGUUCGCUACUACAUCUUUGAACUGCUCAAGGCCCUCGACUUCUGCCACAGCAAGGGUAUCAUGCACAGGGACGUCAAGCCUCACAACGUUAUGAUCGAUCAUGAGACAAGAAAGCUCCGCCUUAUCGACUGGGGUCUGGCCGAGUUCUACCACCCGGGGACCGAGUACAAUGUCCGCGUCGCCUCCCGAUACUUCAAGGGCCCCGAGCUACUCGUCGACUUUCAGGAGUACGACUACAGCCUGGAUAUGUGGAGUCUCGGCGCCAUGUUUGCGUCCAUGAUCUUCCGCAAGGAGCCCUUCUUCCAUGGCAACAGCAACUCGGACCAGCUCGUCAAGAUUGCCAAGGUCCUGGGAACUGACGACCUCUUUGACUACCUCGACAAGUACGAGAUCGAGCUCGACGCCCAGUAUGACGACAUCCUCGGCCGCUUCCAGAAGAAGCCCUGGCAUAGCUUCGUCACCACCGAGAACCAGCGCUUCGUCACCAACGAGGCCAUUGACUUCCUCGACAAGCUUCUGCGCUACGACCACCAGGCACGUCACGAACGUUUGACUGCCAAGGAGGCUCAAGCCCAUCCUUACUUUGACCCCGUGCGCGACCCCGAAGUCUUCAAGCAGAACUUGGCCAGUGCCAAGGCCAACGGCUCGGGCAAGUUCUAA